CGUAGAGAAAAUAGUUUAAAAACUUCCAGAGAAAAGUUCUAUACAAAAAAGUACAAAAAAAAAAACAAAAUUUCGGUUAUGGACACCAAAUCAAAAUGGGAGGAGCCUUGGCGGUGUGCCUCGUCCCAGUCACCGAUCGCCAACUAUCCGUUGCAGCUGCCACGCACCUUGCGAAUCGAGGCACCCAUGCAGCCAAAUACUUCGAAGUGGAGAAAUACUUGUGCCAACAUAAGCGUCGUGGUGUUGCUCUUCAUGAUGUUGUUGGCCCUCUUGUGGGCUCUUUGCCUUAAUGCCGAGUACUAUAGAUUGACGCCGGAGCAGCGCUUUGAGCGUACGCGUGCCCGUUUUGUGGGAAAUGAGCGACGGAUGCAAGUUGGUGGCAAAUUACGUCUUACGCCGCGCGAGGAGCUGGCCAAUGAACAACUAUUGGCUAUCAAGACGGUGGACAAUGAGCUGCAUAACAUUUGGAGCGACUAUCAGCCACGUCCGCAUUUUCUGAGCAAGUAUAACAUCAGUGAAACGGAUUUGUACGGAUUGUUGCGCAGUAUGCCAAAGGGCGGAUUGCUUCAUGUUCAUGAUGCCGGCAUGUUCAAGACCGAGCUGUUGAUCGAGCUCACUUAUCGCAGGGAUCUGUGGGCCUGUGUGGCCAUCAGCGGUGAAUUCGAGGACUUCCGUUUUUCAAACACUUUCCCCAAUAUUCCGCCCAGUGGUGAUUAUAAAUGCAACUGGCAGCUGAUGAGCAACUUUUGGGCUAACCAGCAUAGCAAUGAAUAUUUGGAUAAACUGCGCGCAAGUCUCUCCCUAGACUCGCAAAACUAUAUGAGCUCGGAGGAUUUGGCAAAGCACAUGCAACGAGCUCAUCGCCUAAUACAUGGGCUCAUUACCUUUCGACAACAUUGGCCAAAUUUUUUGUUUCGCAUGAUGGAGGAUCUCUAUGCGGAUGGCGUGAACUAUGUGGAACUGCGCUCGUCAUUGCCGGUUAUGUACGACUUAAAAGGCACCAAUUAUACGAUCUUGGACACGGCUCAAUCGCUCGUUACAACCGCCAACAUAUUUCGCUAUAGCUAUAGUGACUUUGUCGGAAUUAAGUUGAUUUACGCUCCGAUUCGGGACUAUAAAGAUAGCCGCAUGGAUACGUAUAUUGAAAAUGCUCGUCUGCUGAAGAAACACUAUCCUAAUCUGUUUGUUGGCUUCGAUUUGUUGAGUUUUGGUAACGAGUGUCAGUUGCCGCCUCUGGGCAAGCAAUUGCAGCUCUUGCACAUCGACAAAGAAAUCGACUUUUACUUUCAUGCCGGGGAUUCGAGGUGCUUGAACUCGACAGGCAGCGAUGAUAACCUCAUUGAUGCCCUUCUCCUGGGCAGCAAGCGUUUGGGAAAUGCCAUGAAUGUGCCCCAACAUCCAGAAGUGCUGCAUGUCCUGCGUCUAUUGGAUAUUGCUGUAGAGGUGUGUCCUCUAUCCAAUCACUAUUUGCAGUACAUGAACGAUUUUCGUAUGCAUCCGGCGGCCUAUCUGAUAGCUGCUGGGUUUCCCAUUGUCGUCGGCUCGGAUUACCCGUAUUUUUGGAAUGCGGCGCCUCUCACCGAUGAUUUCUAUGUUGCAUUUGUUGGUAUUGCCUCUGAACAGGGAAAUUUACGACUUUUGAAGCAACUGGCCAUGAAUUCAUUUAUGUAUAGUGCCUUGAAUGUGGAUGAAAGACGCGAAGCCUUACUAAAAUGGCGCACCAGCUGGAACAGGUGGUUGGAAACCUUUGUGAACAACAAUUAGGUGGAGAGAAUUUAUUUCGUUAUGCAAUCAACAUUUUAGAGUAGUGUGCAACAUUUUUCCCAAAUCUAGUGUGCCCAAAUUUGCAGUAUUAUUAAAAUUAUAUUUUCAAGUUUUCGGAUAAACUAAA